AAACAUUUGAUUUGUAUUUCAAUUGCUCUUUUUCUUUCUGUUUCACAACAAUUCUCUGUUAUCUCAAACCUUGUGAGAAAUGUCUUCAGACAAAUAUUUGUAUGUAAAGAAAUUAAUUCCCUUUGAACCUCUGCAGCAAAUUGAAGAUUCAUGGGCUAUAGUUGAUAUGCCGGCGACUUCAAUGGAUCAAAUCAAGUUGCUUAAAAGGGAGUUCAAAUUCAUCGAUUGUUUUCUCUGCUUGCAUAACUUGACAGAUGAAUCCAACAUGCUAGACGAUGUCACGCUGAAAAUCCAAAUUCUAUUUCAAGAUGCUGGAGUGGACCUCAACAAGGUCUAUAGAGAGCGUCUCCGCAUGGUCUAUAGUAUGUAUUUGCAGUGGUGGAAUCCAAUAAUCGAUACAUUAAUCGGUCAAGUGCAAGACAAGAUUCAGAUGAUUAAGUCAGACAUAAGAGCGAAAUACUCCUUUCCCAAAAUAUCAUUAGCACCUAAUUACAAAAUCGUACUAGAAUUCAUGGAUGAUGUUUUAUGGAUUCUUAAUGAUCUAGUGCCGAUUGAUGAUCCUGAACCCAAAGAAAAAAUUAAAGAGGUCAUAAAGGAGUUGAAUUUACUGAGGUUUUUCGUUUGCUUUGUUUCAAACAAACACAGAGAGCCUCAAAGGUGCCAACAUACUUUCUUUACUCAUGUUUUAGCUGUGUCAGGCCACGCAGCAAUUGUUGCGUGGUUACAUUUGCCAAGCCGUAGCAAGGAAAAUCAAGACAUAUUGGCUCGGGUUGGUAACUUUUUUUCUAUGGGCCUGAAAAAAAAAGCAAGUGAAAUGAAUCUUCUGCUGUCUGAGCUGCUGCAAAUGAAGAUUAAGCCCAUUCAGCCAGGCAUCCGCAAAAUCUACAUUGAUGUCCUGCAAGCUUUGAAGUCGACAAUACAAUCAGGCUCGCAUCCCAAUAAGGAGGCAGCUGAUUGUGGCUCUGCGGAGACUCUGCCACACAAUUUGGCCUUGAAUGAUCAAAUGGAAAUCCUUCGAGAGAUGCUCAGCCUAUUAAGAGCCAAUCUCGUCCAUCUUCCUAUACUAGAUCUUGAAUUUCAUCUUCAAGAUAUGGAAGUUGUUAUUAUUAAUGCUGGACUUCUAAUAUACUCAUUAUACGACAGUGAGGGGGAGAAGGAAGACACAAUGUUGGAAGAUGUGAACCAGACAAUUGGUCUUGAUCUUCCGAGCAACAUUCACCAUAUCAAGGAGAUGGUCUACCUCAUUAUUCGAAAGGUAUUUCAAUCUAACUUGCCAAGGAUUCAUGGGCUAGGCUAUGUCGAUUUUCUUUUAAGCAACUUGGAGAAGUUCCAAGGUUGUUAUUCAGGUUCACUCGCUUCUGUCAUGAACCAACUUCAAAUCAUUCAGAAGGAACUUGAAAGUGCACAACCUUUUCUUGAGAAUGUUGUCGAACAACAACAUAACAAGCACAACAGAUUUCAACAUUGGGCUAUGCUACUGAUUGGUAAGGCAUAUGAGGUGGAAUAUGUAGUUGAUGCUUGCAUAAGAAAAGAACUUCCUCACUGGUGUGUCGAGCAUUGGCUCUCAGAUAUCAUUGAUGAUAUUACUCUUUUAACGGAAAAGAUAGCGAUUAAGGACAAGAAAAUUCUAAAUCCAGCAUCACAUGAUACCAGGAAUACUGCCUCUACUGAGACGUCAGAACAAUUGUCUAGAGCUCUGAUGAUGAAUGAAGAAAUAGUGGGCUUUGAAGACGUGACGGAAGAAUUAAGAGACAAACUAACAAAGGGAUGCAGAGAACUAGAUGUUAUUUCUAUUGUUGGUAUGCCUGGCCUAGGUAAGACAACUUUGGCCAAAAAACUCUUUUAUGAUAAGUCAAUUGUUGAAUACUUUGAUAUUCGUGCACAAUGUUGUGUGUCUCAAGUACAUAAGCGUGUGGAUUUGCUACUGUCCAUUUUUCAUGAUGCAACUGGCAUGAGCCCUAGUUCAUCUACUGAAGAUGAUGUAGCAGAUAAGCUUCGGAAGACAUUGCUGCCGAAAAGAUAUCUUAUCCUUGUUGAUGAUGUGUGGGAAACACGUGCAUGGGAUGAUUUGAUAUGUUGUUUCGAAGAUGCAAAUAAAGGAAGUAGAAUCAUCCUUACAACACGACAUCGUGAUGUUGCAGAACAUGCUAGAUUUCAUAGUGAUCCCCUUCACCUUCGUCUGUUUAACGAUGAUGAAAGUUGGGAGUUGCUAAAAUCUAAAGCUAUUGGUGAAGAAAGAUACUCCCAUCCCGGACUUGAAGAGGUUGGGCGAAAAAUAGCAAUAAAAUGUGGUGGGCUACCUCUUUCAAUUGUUUUGGUGGCUGGUAUCCUCGCAAAGAUGGAGAAGAAAGAAGAGAGUUGGAAACAAGUGGCCACCACUUUAGGCUCCCUAAUUCACAAUGACUCAAAGGACAUUGUAGAACAAAGUUAUCAAGAUUUGUCCUGUCAUCUUAAGCCUUGCUUCCUUUAUUUUGGAGGAUUUUUAGAGGAUAGAGUGAUUGAUGUUACAACAUUAACAAGGUUAUGGAUAUCAGAAGCAUUUAUAAAAAGUUGUAAAGGCAAAAGAUUGGAGGAUAUAGCAGAAGGUUACUUGGAUAGUCUUAUUGGAAGAAAUCUUGUGAUGGUAGCUCAGAGGGACGACUCAGAUGGUAAGGUCAAAGCAUGCCGCCUUCAUGAUGUAUUGCUCGCAUUCUGCAAGGAAAGAGCCAAGGAGGAGAAUUUUCUGCUAUGGAUAAAACGGGAUCAGAAUGCCAAUCCUUUUUCAUGUAUUCACUCUCACAAGCAGCAUGCUCAGCGUCGCUUGGCCUUUUGUGAAGUGGAUACUCUUGAAAAAUGGAGCUCGUCUUGCUCACUUGUUGGCUCUGUACUUUUCAGGAAUGAUACAACAUUCUUUGCCCUUAAUGGGCUAUCCUUACAACAUUUCACAAUUUCACGCAUUUUGCAGACUUUCAAAUUUUUAAAAGUGUUGGAUUUGGAGCACAGUGUUAUUAUUGAUUUCUUCCCGACGAAUCUAGUUCACUUGAGGUAUUUUGCUGCAGGAACUAGGCAGAGGUCGAUCCCAUCAUCCAUAGCCAAUCUUUGGAACCUUGAAACUUUGAUACUAUAUCGUGAAAAUGAUGAUUUGGUCAUACCCAAUACAAUUUGGAAGUUGGCUAAAUUGAGACAUCUACAUACUUUCCACAGUAUUGUCAUAGUACAAAAUGCAGAAGAAUUACCUGAAUACUCCUCAAAACUCAAUGACUUGGACACUUUUUCCACUCCCUCUUUUUCUUGUGUAAAGGAUGCAGAGUUGAUGUUGAGAAAAAUGCCUAAUAUUCGGGAACUGAGAUGCAGUUUUAGGUAUGAUCAACGCCAUCUAUUCCCUGUUUUAGAUUUUCCAACACGGCUUGAGACACUAAACAUUUUUGGUUCAAUACCCCCAAACAUCUCCGCAUCAAAUCUCAAAAAAUUGAUAUUGAACUCCUGUGAACUGCACCUUUCGAACUUACGAAACAUUGCUCAGCUUCAGAACCUUCAGGCACUUGAACUGAGAACCGUUGAAUUUAGAAAAGUUUGGAAAGUGAGCAACGACGAAUUCCCUCAACUCAAAGUCUUGAAACUAGAAUAUUUGUCCUUGAUAGAAUGGACUGUCGCCGAUGAAGCCUUUGGUAACCUUGAAUGCUUGUUUCUAAGUUAUUGCACAUAUCUGAAGGGGAUCCCUUCUUGUUUUGGAGACAUUUGUACUCUAAAGUACAUUGAGGUAGAGAAUUGCAACGAAAUUGUUGCCCAGUCAGCCAGGGAUAUUCGAGAAAAACAAGUUGAAGAUUAUUCAAAUACUGAUUUCAAGCUCUUCAUCAAGGAAUUAUAACUCAGAGUAUGAAGAGUUUGUAGCUGGAGCCAUUUUGGAAGAUCAAUCACUAUUUUCCUACUGAAAAAUGUUCGGCGGCUAUUUUCAUAGAUGUUUUAAUUGAAUCGGUACGAAAAGAAAAAAUAGUAAUGUUUUCCUACGGAAAAGUUAGCAAGUUUUUUUACUAUUUCAGUGAGUAUCUAUUUCUCACUAUACAUUUUUCUAGUGAGCUGGUUCGGUGGAAAAUGAGUGGGAAGAUCAUGUUCUAUAGCACAGAUUUUUCACUGAUUCGCGGUGGGAAAAACUUUUCUAAUGGUGAAUACGUAAAUUUCUUGUUAGUUUCUUUAACAAACUUUUCUUUUUUCUUAUGCCCUUGUGCUUCUUAUGAGUUCACCAAAAUGCUUUGAUGCCAUUCUGCUAAGAUCCUUCUUUUUUACAUUGACAAUGCUUUCUUUGCUCCUUUGUAUGACUGUUUCCUUCUACUUCGAAUUGGAAAAUCCUUCUUAAACUUUAAUCUUAUGCUAUGCAAAUUACCAUUUUGAAGAGUUCCAUAC